CGCAGCUGCUGAUCGCAGAUCGACUGCGCUCGUAGUGAGACGAGACCGAGUGCGACAGCUCUGGAUAUUUGUUUGGCUCCUCAGGGAAGCAGAGGUUCGUUGCCCGCCUGUUGAGAUGCGCGUAAAAGUGGCGCAGAGGUUUUUACGCACGGAGGAAACUUGGUUUCCACUGUAGAAUGAUCGCAAAGAUCCAGUUUAAUUCGUCUUCAGCUACUUUCUGACGGCCACCAUGGACACGCUCUUUAACUCCACGGACGCGCUGAACUGGGCCGACAGUUCCAACGACAGCAGGAACGGAACCGAGUAUUGGAACCAGUUCGUGCAGCCGGCGUGGAGGAUCGCGCUCUGGGCAGUCGCGUACAGCUGCAUCGUGAUCGUGUCCGUGGUCGGCAAUGUGACGGUCAUCUGGAUCAUUAUGGCGCACAAGCGCAUGAGGACCGUCACCAACUAUUUCCUGCUGAACCUGGCGUUUGCUGAGGUCUCCAUGUCCGUCUUCAACACGGUCAUCAACUUCACCUACGCGGUCCACAACGUUUGGUACUUUGGACCUGAGUACUGCCGCUUCCACAACUUCUUUCCCAUUGCUGCAGUCUUCGCCAGCAUCUACUCCAUGACCGCAAUCGCCCUGGACAGGUACAUGGCCAUCAUCCAUCCACUGCAGCAGCGCAUGUCGUCCACCGAGACCAAGGUGGUGGUGGGAGUCAUCUGGUUCCUGGCUCUGUUGCUGGCCUUCCCACAGUACUACUACUCGACCACAGACCAGAUCCCGGGCCGCGUGGUGUGCUACAUCGACUGGCCGGAAUACACCGUCUGCGACUUCAAAAAGAUGUACUACGUUAGCGUGGCAAUCCUGAUCUACUUCCUGCCUCUGCUGGUGAUGGGUUGCGCCUACCUGGUGGUGGGGCUGACCCUCUGGGCCAGUGAGAUCCCUGGAGACUCCUCUGACCGCUACAAGGAGCAGCUAACUGCCAAACGCAAGGUGGUGAAGAUGAUGAUCGUGGUGGUGUGCACGUUUGCGAUCUGCUGGCUACCGUACCAUGUCUACUUCCUGCUGCAUCAGUUUUUCCCCGAAGCCUUUGAGCAACCCUUCAUCCAGCAGGUCUACCUGGCCAUCAUGUGGCUGGCCAUGAGCUCCACCAUGUACAACCCCAUCAUCUACUGCUGCCUCAACGACAGGUUCCGUGCUGGUUUCAAGCAAGCCUUCCGCUGCUGCCCCUUUGUCCCUCCUGGCCCCUAUGAAGGGCUGGAGCUGAAGUCCGCUCGCUAUUUUCAGACUCAGACCAGCGUUUACAAGGCCAGCCGGAUGGAGACGUGCGUGUCAACCGUCCUCCAGGUCGGAGACAACAUGGACACCCCAAAGGUCAAGUCCGGAACAGCUGCCUGUCCCGUUGGAGGCGCAGGGUCGCAGACAUCCUUUUUGGAGCUCACCUCAAAUGGCUCUUCGUCUCGGAGUGUUUCCAAAACUUUUUCCCAGACGUCCAGUUUUUAUUCCAACAACAACCAACAUGACUAGACGGCAAGAGAACUUGUGGCGGGACACGAUAUGUGCAACAGCCGGUUGUGAGAGCAGGAGGAAGCGGAGGAGCACAUUUGAUGAGCAAGACACGUCAGACCUGGGGUCUUCACAGCUCCAACACGCUUGCUCUUGAAUCCGUGAAUCAUCGCACAUCUUGACUCGCACAUUCUGUGUGAAGUCUAUUUUAGUCGGGGAUCCGGCUGCUUCUGAAUGCAGUGUUUUGAAUCCAUCAAGAGAGAAGCUGUUGGUGCAAGACAUGGCUUGCAUAUGAAGUGAUCAGUGUGUGGACGCCUGGAGAAUACCAGGUCAGUUUCAGCUGAGGAGAGCGCUGAAACUCAAGCGUCAUAUUGCGUGCAAAAACACCAUCCACACUACACAACUUUCCACAGUUUCCAGCAGCCAUGGUGCCGCCUCUCCGUCCCCCUCACAGUCAAUAGAAUUCAAUGGUGGCAUACACUCCACCGUCAUUGAACAUAUCAGUCCGCCGUGAUCUGAAUCUGAUUUCAAUCUUUACCCUGAACUCUCAAUGGCUGCUGCCGUGUUCCGUCUCUCUAUAUGUACAUAUCUAUACUCAGUAUUCUUUGUGGCCUCUGUCACACCGUGAAGGUUGUUUUUGCUCGAUGCGGAGCGAUAAUGUGUCUGAUAUUAUCAGGUUCAAAGGGAUUUACAGUGUUAGAAUAGGAAGCCUGUUCAUUACUGUUACUGUGACGUGCCUUGCUGCUUGGAACAACGUUUGUGUGGGAAACUCAUCCGGCUCCUGUGGAAGCGUCCUGGGAUCCGUGUCAUGGAGAUGUGAAAGUCAGAACAUGUACGGUACCGUAGCUGUGUUCCGAGACUCAUAAGCAAAACUAGGAGCCAUGUUUCCGUGAGCGACGUAAAUCUGUUUGAUAUGAUGUGACCCUUGUUUGCACGCCACCUGCUGCCACCCAUCAUUCCCACUGUCUCCCACACUCCUGACUCCUGAUCUAUUCCCGGCACACAAAAGCUGUUAUUCCAAAUUCCAGAGUCAGCUGACGUGUCGGUGAGAAGCACACGCCAAGCCGGCUGCGACCCCACAGUGACAGUUGGAACAGUUUCCUUCAGGAUUUCAAAGUGUCGUCUCGGUGAUGUGGAAACAACAACACUGGAGUUAGGAGCAGGAACACGAUGUUGCGGCAGCGUCGGCUCACGUGAGGCUCAAACAGAACGUCACACAUGAUCAGUGUGUGACAAAAGCAGAGGAUGCCAUGUCAGUGCUCCAUGCACCACACAGGCUGAAGUGGACCAGGCAACAGAUUGGCACUGCUUUUUAUGGACAAAACUUAAAGAAAAAAAAAGUAUUAACUGCCUCUUGAUAGUGACGGGAUCUUGUUGGCUACAAUACCGGCAGCUGGGAUUAGACAGACUGGUUACAGGAUCAGGUGGAGGGGUUAUUUUAAGACACUUGAACAGGUGGCGGCUCCAAAAACGCUUUCCCUACUGGUGGUAAUUGCUACUGGCCCCAAAUUAGAAACGGCCUCGUCGAAAAUAGCCACAGUGACUUGGUGAAACGUUGAAAGACAUCGACUGUCUGAACACUGCGUGUAAAUGUGAUUCUUCAUAGGCUUUACGUAUUUAUUGUUUGGUGAAUAUCCUGUGUGUUCAGGUGCAUGUAUGUUCUGUGCAGUUGGCAGCCGAAGAAGAACAAAUAAAAGAUCAUAGCCACCAUGAUGUCUUGUUUUUAUUUUCACCAAAUCUGUCUAAACUCCACACCAGUCAGCUGCCACUCGAACAUGGAUUCCAGGUGAAGACUGUGGCUGUGUCCCAUUUCUCACCCUAACACUUGUUUUUGACCCUAACACUGGGUGUUGCGUGUCAGUGUCGUGUGUCCCAAUCCUCCUCAGAGCGAGGGCACUCGCCGUUCAACACUUGAAAUGAUCCCUUCAAACCCAGGGAGCUCCGGAGCUGACUUGAAACCAAGUGGGAAUAUGAA